CACACCCACACCCACACCCACACUGCCAUGGCUUCCUCUCCGUCGCUGCUGCCACUUGGUCUUCUUCUUCUGCUAAUCCUCGUCCCCUUCGCUCUCGCCGCUCCUAGCCACUGUGCCACUCCACCUGAUCAACGUUCCACCAUAAACAUCUUCCGCGCCUCCGAUCCUUGCUCUCCGUUCCGCCCCUCCGACCGCUCCUCCUCAUGGGAGGACACCAUGAUGAACUUCAUGACUUACGACGAGUCCCGCCUCACCUACCUGGCUUCGCUUGCCACCUCUCACAGACCCUCCGGCCGCUCCUUCGUGCCCAUCGCCCCCGGUCGUCAGCUCCUCCAGAUCCCCAACUACGUCGUCCGCGCCAGCCUCGGCACGCCGGCGCAGCCCAUGCUCGUCGCCCUCGACACCAGCAGUGACGCCGCCUGGUUCCCCUGCACCGCCUGCACAGGUUGCGCCUCCACCUCCACCUCCGCCUCCUUCGACCCCUCUAGUUCCACCACCUACCGCCCGCUUCCCUGCGGCUCCCCCCAGUGCGCUCAGGUCCCCAACCCCUCUUGUCCCGAGGGCGCAGCCUCGUGCGCCUUCAAUCUCACCUACGGCGGCUCCUCCGUCCAGGCCGGGCUCGCGCAGGAUAUCCUCGCCCUCGCCUCCGAAGUCGUUCAGUCGUACACGUUCGGGUGUGUGCAGAAGAUGACGGGCAACUCAAUUCCGCCUCAGGGCCUCCUGGGUCUCGGCCGCGGCCCUCUCUCCUUCUUGUCCCAGACCAAGGACCUCUACGCCUCCACAUUCUCCUACUGUCUCCCGAGCUUCAAGUCGUUAAACUUCUCCGGCACGCUGCGACUGGGACCGAUCGGCCAGCCGAAGAAGAUCAAGACCACGACGUUGCUGUCCAACGCCCGCCGCUCUUCCCUCUACUACGUGAGCAUGAUUGGGAUACGAGUAGGACGCCGAGUGCUCGACAUCCCGCCCUCGGCGUUCGCCUUCGACCCGGCCACAGGCGCCGGUACCAUCAUCGACUCGGGGACCAUGUUCACCCGGCUGGUGGCACCCGCGUAUGCAGCGCUGCGGGACGAGUUCCGGCGGCGGGUUAAGGCAGCCGGACCAGUGACGUCGCUGGGCGGCUUCGACACGUGCUACAACGGAGCAAUCAAGCCGCCGGCCAUAACGCUCAUGUUCCUGGGGAUGAACGUGACGCUGCCGCCCGACAACGCUCUGAUCCACAGCACCGCCGGGUCGAUCACGUGCCUGGCGAUGGCCGCCGCGCCGGACAACGUCAACUCGGUGCUCAACGUCAUCGCCAACGUGCAGCAGCAGAACCACCGUGUCUUCUUUGAUGUGCCCAAUGCCAGGGUCGGGUUCGCGCGCGAGUUCUGUACUGCUGCUGCCUGAGCUUACAUCAGAAGGCAGAACAAUAAAUGGGUUGCCGACUACCGUCAAGAAGACUGCACGCAUUAAUUGCGUUAUAUAUUUAUGUCUCGUCAGAAUUAAAAUCUCUGUAAUUGUCCUUUCAAUUUAUGAUUUUUACGGUCGCUCCGUCAAACACUCUCAUCAAUAAUACCACAUGAUCUACUUUUCGAAA